AUGGCUGGUGUAUCCAAAGCACAAGCAGGAAAUGACGGUAUCAUUGAUGAGAUCCUCCCCUUCAAGGAAAGGCUUCAGUAUUUUGAAAGGGCAAGUACAGCAAAUCCUCCUAAAACAACUGUCAAAGAUGUGAAGGCACCUACUACAGGCGGCUCGAAAUCAUCGCAUCAACCCAGUGUGGAGAAACAAUCUGUCAAGGAGAAGUCAAAAAAGCGUAGAGGUUCAUCAUCAUCUUCUUCUUCUCCAUCAUCGGACAGUUCCUCUUCUUCCUCGUCGUCUUCUUCAAGCAAUUCUGAUGAUGACGCCAGUGACAGUGAUGACUCCAGCUCAAGUUCAUCCUCCGAUAGUUCCUCAUCUUCCUCUUCCCCUUCUUCGUCUGAUUCGUCAAGUUCUUCGGAUAGCUCGGAGACAUCAUCCAGUGAUUCAAGUUCAGACAGUGACACGGAAUCUGCACCAAAAAAGUCCACAAAAAGUAGAAAAAAGAAAUAA